AUGUUCUCCUCGACCCGCCGCAGGUUGAGAUUAUCCGGCUCUCGUCUUGAAGUGAUGGAGCCGUCCAAUCACGAUGUGGUUUGUGACACCGCCGGGGAUAUGGCCGGUCUGUGGCAAGACGCGCUGGACGACUAUCGCAGGGCUCUUGUUCCGGACCUUCACGACCUAUAUGGCCGCGUGGUGGGUCAUCUGGAGCGAUGCCUUACAAGCGAGGAUAUCUUGGACCUAUUCGAGAGGUCUCUAAAGUCCUUGGACAAGCAGCGCUCGGGAAAUCAAUCAUCGCUUCGACUACGUGCGGUUUUGAAGCCGCUAGUGCGCGGUCUGGUUGUCGUUCUGGAUGCAGUUGCGGAGACAAUGUCGUCUUUGCAUGCACCUGGAGGAAAGGGCAUAUUCGCAGUCAUUGCUGUUUUGCUGCAAACCGCUAGUCGCGUCAGCGAUGUCUUUGAUGACCUGGAAAGGCUCUUUAAGCUCAUGAGCGAGUUCGUCGAGCGACUACAGGUUCGCGUGCGCGUGCCUCUUAAACAAAGUUCGAGAAAAAUCGUCGUUCGAGCGCUAGUGGUCAUUCUCAAGACCUUUGGAUCAGCCACUCGCAUGCUCACUCGCGGGCGUAUACGACAUUUCAUGCAGAUUCUCUUCUCCAAAAAGAAUGAGCUGGACGCUGCCCUGAAGGCAGUCGAAGCUGUGACAUCGGAGGAAGAAAGGAUGGCUAUCACCGAAGUGGUCGUAGACAUGCAUCGCUCAUCUGCCGGUGUCGACCAAAUCAGCCAAGAUAUCAGCAAUAUGAACGCCGGACAAGCCGAAGCCCGGGAAGAAGAUCGGACGCUGUAUCUGAGCCGAAUGGAUGAUAUGAAGCAAGAGAUCGUGGGGUUACGGCUUGACUUAGCUACCUGCCUCUUAGAAGCAUCUUCGGGUAGACUUGUGGGCUUCCGACUGCCACCUGUGCACGGGUUCAUGGGCACGGAAGAGCAGGCCCUCAUGCAUCCUAGGCUUCCCUCCUGUCGGCAGGCUCUGACUGGUCUCGCGCAAUUCGUGAUUACGAGGUUCUGCUAUGAAGACCAGGAGAUCAUGUGGCGGGGCUUGGUGACACUCCUCUCUUGGGCAAUCGACGGAGUGAACGGCAAUUGCAACAACUCGGCGCACACAGUCAUUGUCAAAGCCGUAGAUGCUCCGCAGAUCUUGGUCGUCGUCGUUCCUGCCAUGUUCACCUUUUUCCUGCUUUUCAUUACCUGGAAAUAUCUCAUCGUAUGGCGUCCGCGGGGGAGUUCAACACCAAAGAUUGUGUUCGUGGACGUGCUGGGAAAAAUAUUCAUUCUUGAGCACGAUACGUUCUCCACCUGGGAGAAAACCCACCUAUUCCUAUUGGACGCAUUCCAAAACCGUCUCGGAGACUCCUAUGUUCGCAGGCAUGAAUAUGGUGUAGGUGAUGAUGAACGAGGAUUGAUCGAACAUGAAUCUUGGGCGCGAAGAAUCAAACCCGGGGCCAUCCUCAAGAUGAGCAUCAUUAUUCGAGAACAAGUGCCGAGAUGUCCUUACUGCCUCACGGAGACAACUGGCAAUGAGACCGUCAGUGAGGAUGGCCGAAUUAUCUGUGAAGGAGCAGAUUGUGGCCUUUUAUAUGGCAUCUGCAUGCGUCGUGAGAAUAAGGAUUCUAUGGACGACUGGCCUGAAGACGGAGAUUCUGAAUUCCGGUCAAGUCAAGAUCAAGCAUCCGAGGGAAUGCAUACCGAAGUGGAGGACGCGGAUGAAGCAGAUAAUGCUGAGCACUCGUCACCACAGGACGAAAUGCUCUCGCUAGGGCCUGUGCGGCCUUCAAAUAUGGCCAAGAAGCGCUUCCAGAGGAUUAUAGUUGAACUCCCAGAUGAGAUAACUGCAGCACAUAGUGAUCUUGCGUCACCAAUCUCUGGAUCAACUUCGUCUGUACCCGCCUCAUCCAACACGACCGCGUCAUCUGCACCCGCUAUCGUGCCACAAGCUGAACAUUCCUCGGAAAACAUUCUCGCCGAUACUGUGGAUCAGUCACUACGAUCUAGCUUCGGCGUAUUCACCAAUCAGGCCACCCUAGGACAUCAAACUUUGAUGGAUGAGGAUCCUUAUGCCUAUAGAUCUCCCAGUCCUGAAGUCGUCGCCAUCAUGUCAUGCAUCUCCGUCGGUGUCGGUCCGAGCGGGGGGACCGAUAUGCUUGCUCGUGUAGCGGUCGUAGACUUUCGAGGGCAAGUUAUCGUCGACUACUUCGUACAACCAACUAUGCAAGUGACCGACUACCGCACUGCCACAACGGGAAUUCAACCUCAGUAUCUGGUGCCUGGUCGUGCGGAGCCCAUCGAGGUGGUAAGAAGUCGCGUACGUUCUAUAAUCAGGGGCAAGGUGCUCGUCGGGCACUCCCUUUGGAAAGAUCUCUCAGCCCUUGGAACCCCCCACCCUGCCGUUAACACUCGUGAUGUCGGCCUUUACCAGCCAUUCCGAAACGCAUUGAAGUCUCCCAACCAGCUGAUCAGCCUUGAAACCCUCAGUUGGAAGCUCAUGCGCCGAGAUAUGCAGGUUGACGGCCAACCAGACGCUGUCGAGAAUGCACGAGCUGCUCUCAAUUUGUAUCGCUCGCAUGCGGCGGACUGGGAACAUGCCAUCUUGGAAGGUCGCUGGCCGACAGUGCUCCCUCCGUCGAGCUUCUCUCGCUGUUAUCUCUGA